GUUAGACACAUGUGUCCCUGCCUCUCGUUGUCUCCUCGCACUCUGUUCAAACCUCCGAGAGGGAAAAGAAACAUCCCCUCAGUGCGCUCCUGUCUCUCUCUCUCUCUCUCUCUCUGUCUCUCUCUCUCUCUCUCUCUGUCUCUGAUCUGUAUCCGCUGAGGGUUUCCACACCAAGUUCAGGACAAAUAUCCCCCGGAGACACGUAAAGGCUAUACGUGAAGGUUCGUUUCAUCACAAAAGCACCAGCGCCGGUCCGAGAGAUGUCCUGCGUGCGGAGCAUGAGCACCUUACCCCCCCACAGCGGCGUGUAACCGAUGGCAACCUCUGUACAAACUCUUCCUUUGACCCGUGGCCACAACAAAAACUUCCGUAACCCGCUGCCUGUCUCGUCCCAUUGCGGCAUGGGAAGUGUAGGCAGCCUGGUGGAGAGGCCAGAUGUGUCCCCGACCAAAGGCAGCCGCGCAGUGCCCCAGGUGAGACCCAAACAGACCAACAGCCUCCUGAAGAAAGGCUGCACCCAAAGGGAGCUACUCAACUACCUCAACAUCACCAGAAAAGAGCCCAAAGCGAGCGACGGGAAGAGGGACGUUGUCCCUGGCCACGAGGACGGCUUGUACGCCAAGGUCUACCAUAAAGACGGCACCGAGGUAGAUCUGACUAAGAACUCACUGCCAAGUGCGGGCAAGUACGAAAAGGCUCGUUCGAGGUCCGCCUUCAAGCCUGUCACUCCUAAAAACUUCUGCUCCAUGCAAAACCUCUAUCCGUCUUCCAAGUUGGAGGAUGUGGACCAUGGCCUUUUCAACGGGCUGCACAGAGCCUACGCCCACGUCCCCAAAGCCAUCUCCACCUCUUCCACCUCUUCCUCCUCACCCUCCCGUCAUGGAGGGCCAACAUCCAGCGGCAUGAAGGCCCUCUCCUCGGGGCGUGGGAUGAGCCAGGAGGACGAUAACCUGUCGGACUCGGGCCAUAACUCCAUGAGCAGCCUCCCACCGUACCGGCCUCCCUUCCGCCCACAUCUGUCUAACAUCAGUGCAUCUAUGGGCAAGAUCAACACCAUCGGCUCCCUGGACCGCGCCUCUCUGGGCCCGAAGGCCGUCGGGCCGGGGGGCGUGGCCGCAGGAGAGAUGGCGUGUCGCAGCAUGGCGACGCUGAGCCGUCUGGCUCCCUAUGGAGGGGAGGCUCCACCUCCUUAUGAAUGGACACUCUCUCUUUCUGUCGAGGAAGUGGUCCGGGAUCUGGAGGAGCGCCUGGUGGAGAAAGAACAUGAGCUGAAACAGAUGAGGAGAAACCUGGAUGAGAGCGAGGGCGCCAUCGCUCAGGUGUUUGAAGGAAAACAGCGUUUGUGGGAGAAGGAGGUGGAGGAGCUGAAACGCCUUUACGCCGCCAAGCUGCGUCAGGUUUCCCAGCAUGCCCAGCGUUCCCAGCGCAGCCUGCAGAUGCAGCUCUUGAAGGCCCAGCAAGAGAAGAACCGCCUGCAGGAGGAGCUCGCCGGGCAGAAUGGGCAAAGGAGCCAAGAGGACGGAGCCGCGGCGAGGAGGACCAGUCCCACUCUGGAGGAGACGCAGUGGCAGGUUUGCCAGAAAUCGGGGGAGAUCUCCUUGUUGAAGCAGCAGCUGAGGGACUCCCAGGCCGAGGUGACCCAGAAGCUGAGUGAGAUCUUCCAGCUCAAGACUCAGCUGAGGGAGACCCGCGCGGAUCUGCGCAACAGGGAGGGCCAGAUCGACGCUCUGAAGCUGGUCGCGCAGGGGACGCAGCGCCGCAGAUUCCCCUCUCAGCCGCCGCAUGAGGAUGGAAAGGGAGCCGAGGAGGGUCCGUCACCGGGGGCAACAGGAGCGUGCGGGGGCCCGACGGAGGAGCGUCUGCGCGCAGAGCUCCUGCUGGAGCGCCGCCAGAGCGAGGCCCAGGUCACGGCUUUCGAGGAGGAGAGGCGGACGUGGCAGACGGAGAAGGACAAGGUCAUCCGCUACCAGAAGGAGCUGCAGGCCAGCUACUUGGAGAUGUACCAUCGCAACGAAGCGCUGGAGAGAGAGCUGCACCAGCUGAGUGCGGGCAGAGAGCAAGGAGGAGGAGGAGAAGGAGGAGGAGGAGGGAGCCGAAAUGAGACGUUGGAAACAGAAGCGCCAGAGCUGGGGAGUGAGAGAGCGGGUGAAAAACCAGACGACAGACCCUCCUCCGGUUUGCCCUGGAUAGACAGGAUUGAAUCAUCGGAAAUUUGAAUGCGACAGACUUCCUGAUAUUUGCAAUGCAAAGUGUUUUGUUACUGAACAAUUGUUUCUACUGAAGCCCAUUUUGUCAAGAGAAGGGAAAACCAAAACCUAAGAUUUUCAACUUUACAUUUGGAGUCAAGUUAAAUAUGAAAGUAAUUGGGAAAAAAAACACAAAAGUCAAGAUUUUGAUCUACUGUGUAAACAUGGAUCAAAUACUAAGUUCUACCCCUGACUUUGAUUAUUGUAUCUUUUCCUCUACUUUUCUUCUUCUCUGGGAGAAAAUGAGCUUCCGUAGAAUCCGAACCGUUUGCAAUUCCGUUUGUUGAUUGUGAAAUGCCCCGAUCCUCCAAAGUCAGGCCCAGUAAGAGCCUACAGAACCCAGUGAUGCUGAGGGGAGCUGCACAGAGACACGGUGCGUGCCUCACCUGUCCUUGGCGAGCAUUAAAAAAAAAAAAAAAAGCCAAACAA